UAUUUCUGCAAAAUCAGAAAUUUGGUGGCAAAUUUAAAGCAUUAAAACGCCUCUCAGAGACAGAUGUGACCAUGAAGUGUAUCAUACCCGGUGUAAAUGUAAAAGUGUUCGGUCGUGCCGUCCAUUCCCUGUCUAAAAUUGGAGAUGAAGUAUAUAUUGAUCCAAUGCAACAUGGGCUUGGUUUGCGGACUGUCAACUCUUCAAGAUCAGCCUACUCGUGUUUUGUAUUUGCACCAACCUUCUUCCAGCAUUAUGAUGAUAGUCAAGAGAAAGAUGAUGAGCCUGUCAGAUGUAAGAUAAAUAUGAAGUCUUGUCUGACAGUUUUCAAGUCAUUGUCACAUUUAGAGAAGACUGUGGAUAGAUGUAAAAUAACUAUCAACACUAAAAUUGCCCGAGUGAUAUUUCAACUUUAUUGUAAACAUGGCAUAGUAAAAACUUAUAAUUUAGCCUUUAUUGAAUGUGAAACACUUCAGGCUGUAUUCUCCAAAGAUCUGUGUCCAAAUGCCAUCACCGCUCAAUCAAGACUGCUGUGUGAUGUGGUCAUGAACUUCCAGGGAACUCAAGAAGAGGUGACUCUUUGUGUCAACCCGCAGAAAGUCAGCUUGAAGAAUUAUGUGGAAGAUGAACCAGACCCCAAUAAAGUCAUUCACACUGAGAUGACUCUGAACCCAGAUGAAUUCGAUUCUUUCCAAGUCGGUGUUGAUGCGGAGGUCACCUUUUGUCUUAAAGAGCUACGGGCCAUUUUAGCCUUCUCAGAAGCUGGUAAUCUGCCCUUAUCAAUGAAUUUUGAGUCAGCAGGAAAACCAAUAGUCUUCUCAAUUGAGAGUGAUAGUUCAUAUGAAGCUAACUUUGUCCUGGCGACAUUAGCAGAUGCCCCAGCUGGCAGCCAGGCUGUGGCCUCACAAUCCCAACAAACCAGAGUGCAAUCUACUUCAAAAUCACAAAGAAUCAACACAAUGAGUAGUGCGAGGAAAAGACCAUCAGAAAGCAGUUAUAAUGUGUCAAAUGAUACUGUGAGGCCAUCCACAAGCAAGGAACAGAAGACUAAUGGAUAUAGUAAAAAAAGGGACAUGUCUAAAAGAGAGAAAAGAAAAGAGAGCAGUCGACAAUUAGACGAGGCAUUGCAGAGUUUAAUGAAUGAUGAUUUCGAGUGGGACCCGAUGGCAGGUGGUGGUGACUUUACUAGUGCAUCGAAGAAGACUUCUGAGCCUCACCCAAGGGAGGAAGAACUCCGCCGAGACAGCGCUGGUGAUUCAAACAGUCCUGAGAUACCAGUCCUUAAUCAGCCACUUAAGGUUGAUAGUGAUACUGCAGGAAGCUCGAGUAAACCACUGCCCAUCCUGGUUGAUGAUGAUGAUGAUGAUGAUGAUGAUGAUGACUGUGUACCAGGAACACCUCCACCACCCCCAAGCAAAAAGUUCAAGUCGCUCUUUUUCGGCUUUUCCCAAGCUUCAAAUGAGCCAGAGGAGAAAACACCAACACAAGAAGUCUUAGCAGAGGACACGGAUGAGGAGGACUGACAUUAGUUCAACUGCGAUCCUAUUCGGACUUUGUAAUAUUGUCUUUGGUGGAGGCAGAAAUAUUCAUAAGGAAGGAUGUGACAGUGUCUUCUCGGUUGAGCAUACUAGUUGUCUUUCUUGGAGGCAACUAUUCAUGAUAAAAAGAUGUGACAGUGUCUUCUUGAAAAAAACCCAGUAAUUGUCUUCAGUGGAGGCAGGAUGUGACGGUGUAUUCGCGAAAAACCCCAAAGUAAUUGUCUUCAAUGGAGGCUGAACUAUUCAUGAAAAAAUGGAUGUGACAGUGUCUUCUCGAAAAUAAACAUAUCAAUUGUCUUGAGUGGAUGCAGAAGUAUUCAUGAUAAAAGGAUGUGACAGUGUCUUCUUGAAAGAACAUCAUAUUGUCUUCAGUGGAGGCAGAACUAUUCAUAAGGAAGGAUGUGACAGUGGGUGAUAUGAAUAAAGACUAGCAAAUGCUUUUAUCUAAAACUCCAUGUACAUUUACACUAGGCCUUUCUGUACAAAAUUGAAGUAAAAGCAUUUGCUAGUCUUUAUUCAUAUCACCCAGUGUCUUGUCGAAAGAGCAUACAGGUACUUUGAACACAGGGAAGAAGAAUUGUCAUAAGGGACUUAAAUCCUGUUUGACUUUUCUGUUUGACUUUUGUGUUCUGAUGAAAAAUGUGUUCAGAAGAUUGUCUCAUCUGAAAGAUGUUAUACUUGAACAAUUAAAACUCUAAGAAAGACUGUUACUUGCAUGAAAGUUUUUAAUGAGGACUGUUGGUUAAGAAAUAUACAGCUGUUAUAGUGGAAGGUAUCUUGUGUUGAUAGAGUGAUGAAACUUGAUAAUAAAGCAUUAUUUUAUUCAGAUAAAUCACUUUGAUUUGGACAUUUCAAAGCUCUCUACGGCCUUUUACAAGACAAUUGGCUGCAGACAUCUGUUUGCCUUGUCACUUGCCUG